AUGCCAGAAGACAUAAGAAUUCAUUGUAAAGAGCUUAAAGAAAAAAUAUGGAAUGAUCCAUAUAUGAAGGAAGUUUAUGUUAAAGCACCCAGAGCCUAUUGGCCCCAUAGAGAACCCACUGACAAUGCUGACUGGUUUAGGUACUUUUAUGAUCAUAAUAUUGUGGAAAGGUUAUUAAGUCCAGAGUACGACCUAACUUGCUUUUAUUAUGUUCAUGAAGAUGCCCACCUUCACCAUAUGGAAACUAAUAAUAGGGAUUAUAAUCACUCAAUUGUUCAUCACACUGCCACAUGUGGUGAUGUCGAGAUUAAGUGUGUUCAAGUUCUUAUUGAGUUUGGAGCCGAUGUGCAUGUUGAGAAUUAUUACAAAGACACUCCUUUACAUUAUGCUGCUGAAAAUGGGAAAGAAGAAUGUGUGGCACUUCUAUUAGAGAACGGAGCUUCUGUCACCUCUAAGAAUCUGGAUGACAAGACGCCUAUUUGCAUUGCUCGACGAGAAAACCAUGACCACAUUCUAAAAUUACUCAAGGAUGUUUUCUUGUGA